AUGGCGAGGGAUCCUUCAAAUCAACGACGACGCAAUGCUCCUCCUCCUCCUCCUCCUCCUCUCACUCUCACAGAGAUGGAACCUACUCACCAUGCUGAUCACCGUGCCUUCAUGCUUAAGUUCGGUGGCACUCGACUCGAUGUUACGGUUACGAACAAAGCUGAGGCCGUGAGGAGGAAGAGAGUAUACUCACACGCCAACAAGCUCGAGAAGGUUGGGAUUCAAGUUGCAAACAUCCACGAUGUGAAUGCCUUUCUUCCUCCUCAAGAAAACCGUUCCUACAAACAGGUCAUCGAAGCUUCCCCCAUCAGUCACUCCUACCACGGAUUUGAUCUGGAUUCUGACAUCACGCACAGCGAUUGGAGCAAGCCUGCGCUAGAUUUACCGCAAAUCUCUCAAGCCGCUGUGGACGCUUUUCUCAGGUACAAGAUCGGCGUUCAGCUUGUGCGUUGA